GAACUAUAGCAGUACAAAGGAAGCCGUGUGACUAGUACAUGUGACAAUCAACUGAAAUCCUUUAAGAUGGUGCCGAUAUUAUAUUUUAUAGUAACUUGUAUUUGUCCAGUUCAACUACUUUGUUUCAAUGAAGCAGGUAUCAUAGCAGAUAACAGUUAUUUGGAAAACAGCUUAUUUGGCAUCAUUAAGAGGAGAGUGUCCUCUGCACGCGAGUGUGCCGUUGAAUGCCAUGCACAUCUUGAUUGUUUCUCAUUCGGAUUCGAAACUGUACUUCACAUUUGCCACCUUAACAAGAAAGACAGUUCAACAGCACCAACCGACCUUGUUGCGAAACCACAAUGGAAACAUAGUGAUAUUUCUCUCUGGCCGAAGGAGCUGAUGGGUCCGUGCGCAGAUCACACGUGUCCGGCAGGGAAGCGAUGCAGUGUGCAUCGUGUGACGAAAGCGCCGCUGUGUUUGGAAGCUGAUGUCUAUAAACCGGAUGUAUGUUCCGAAGACCCUAUUCCAAACGCAACCUGUAGUUCUGAGUCCAAGAUGGCAGGGAGUAUCAGAUCUUGUACCUGUCAUACCAACUACAGAGAUGUACCUCUGGACGUCGUCAGUGUCAACAACACCUGCCUGGUCAAUGGCAGCUGGGCUACACCCUUGAUUAACUGCACAGGUCCCUACAUCAGACUGACCACGCCACGUAUCAGCACAUACACUUUCCAACAGAUAUCUGCUAGCAACCUACGCACAAUCUCAGGUGGCACCUCUACCGUGGUGUUUCUGGUCAAGACGUGCCACGAUGCCAACUUUGCCCUGCACACAAGUCCUAACACCUACACCACUGAUGUGUAUGAAGUUGGCUUUGGUGGGCAUGCGAACACGAAAUCUUUUAUUUGUGAAUGCUUUCAGUGCAGUAUAAUGGAUUCCCAUAUUGAAUCAUCUAUUGUAUCAUGCAACGAGUACAGACCAUUUUGGCUCAGCUGGAAGAAUGGCGUCAUCUCUGCGGGAAGAGGACCGGUUGCUGGGACCCAGAAAUUCAUGCAAUGGACGCCAACUCAAGCCAUUGUGAUAAAUCACGUUAGUAUCAGUACCUAUAUUAACAAUCCUGGUACGUGGCUCUUCCGAGGGCAGUAAAGUACUCACUGAUGGAGAACCUCAUGACUGCGCUUUUUGUCACCCUUCAACCCCGUGUUAUCAUUUACUUGUUCCUUAUCCCUACUCUCGAUAUGCAGCCUUCUAUACCCCGAAUUAACAGACACUAUGAUCAAAUCCCACCGUUGACAAAAUAUAUAUACUGUUGUCUGCUGGCAUUUAUGAUACUGGCUACAACAGGGGAACUACACUGAAGGACAUUUCGCAUGGAACCAGGAACAACAGUAAUCGGAGGCAGGGUGAAGAAAACUGAAUUGAACACUUCGAUCACUCCACCCCAGCACGAGAGAGACGACAGACUAUACAUAGAGGGGUGGCCUGGGCCAAGAUGAUUGUAGGGUGUUUCAUACAGGUUCACCUACAAUUUCCCCUUGUUGACUGGGUCUAUAAAAUUUAAUUUCUGGAACCUGUCUGGACUAAAAUCCAAAGUUUACGAUUCUGAAUAUAUUACCUUUGUUAACUUAUUUGAUAUUGUCGGGCUUACUGAAACAUGGUUGAAGGAGACAGAUUUGGGUGGUUUAUUCAGUGAUUUUGCUAUCUGCACAAAGAUGGUGAGUGGAUAUCAACCGGUGACAAAUCAGAACACUUAAGCACAUCUUGCAAAGUGGACUAAAGUGUGUGGUAGUGGUAUAUUGAUUUUACUAGAUAAGUAAAUAUGUGGUCUAAAGAAAGACCUUUUAUAUGCAUGUGCAUAUAUUCACCCGGAGUCUUCAACCUGGUAUGGGGCGGUCGGGUAGCCUACUGGU